CUCUCUCUCUCUUCUAUUAUCUUGUCAAAAGCUGGACAAACGGUGUCGUUUCGCCGCAUGGCAGCGCCAAAGCCCCGCUCAAGCUCAGGUCGAUCGACGCCUCUCAGGGACUCUUCCGAGUCCGAGAAGAUGGAGGUCACUGGUAGCUGGGACGCCCUCGACUGGACCAUUGAGCCGGUUUCGCGGUCCGUUUCUCGGUCGGUUUCGCGUGUGCAAUUGGAGUGCUUGCUUGAAGCUGAACAGGUCGAAGUUGAGGGGUAUGGCGUUGUUCUUGCAAAUACUGAUGAGGCAGGUACCUUGAUAGUGACCAAUUUUCGUCUUCUUUUCUUGAGUGAGGGAACUAGGAAUGUUAUUGCACUUGGCACGAUACCUUUGGCAACAAUUGAGAAGUUCAACAAAAUUGCUGUAAAGAAUCAAUCAACCCCUCGUCAAUCUGACAAGACUCCAUCAAGGCGACUUCUUCAGGUCAUUGGUAAAGACAUGAGGAUCAUCGUCUUUGGCUUUCGCCCUAAAACAAGGCAGAGACGUGCAGUAUUUAAUGCACUAUUAAAGUGUACAAAGCCAGCGAGUCUAUGGGAUCUUUAUGCUUUUGUUUCUGGACCUUCCAAAUUCAAUAACACCAACCCAAAGGUGCGGUUACUAAAUGAGUAUCUUCGGCUUCUCGGAAAAGGCUCCUUACAUGCAUCGAUGAAUAUGAUUGAGGGUGGUUCAUUCACAUUUUCCAAUGAUUUGUGGAGAAUAAGUAGUAUAAAUUCCAGCUAUACAAUGUGCCAGAGUUAUCCAUUUGCCUUGAUAGUUCCGAAAUCCAUUACUGAUGAUGAAGUGCUCCAGGCUUCCAAUUUCCGUGCAAGAGGUCGCUUGCCUGUAGUUACGUGGUGUCAUCCAAAAACUGGAGCAGUUCUUGCACGUUCUUCCCAACCCUUGGUUGGUAUCAUGAUGAAUAUGAGAAGCAACACCGAUGAAAAGAUUGUUGCUGCACUUUGUGCUCAACUUACUGGUACAAGAGGUAAACGGAGGAAGCUAUAUAUAGCCGAUGCAAGACCUCGAAAAAAUGCUUUAGCUAAUGGUGCCAUGGGAGGUGGCUCUGAGUCAUCUUCAAAUUAUUUUCAAUCUGAGAUAGUUUUCUUUGGGAUAGACAACAUACACGCAAUGAGAGAGAGUUUUGCCCGGCUUAGGGACUACUUAGACACUCAUGGUGCAGCUUCAUCGGAUGGGAUGUCAUCUUUCUUGAGACACGGUGGAUGGACUUGGGGUGGAGGCAACCUUAGCAGUAUGUCUGCUUCAGUGUCAACUCUUGGGGACAGUGGUUGGUUAAUACAUGUUCAAAGUGUCUUGGCUGGUUCUGCUUGGAUUGCUGCCCGUGUUGCUUUGGAGUCGGCAUCGGUGCUUGUGCAUUGUAGUGAUGGAUGGGACAGAACUACUCAGCUGAUUUCGCUUGCCAAUUUGCUGCUUGAUCCAUACUAUCGGACAGUCACAGGAUUUCAGGCACUUAUUGAGAAAGAUUGGCUAGCAUUUGGUCAUCCAUUUGCAGAUCGAGUGGGCAUGCCAACUGUAACAGGAAGUUGCAGCAUACCUUCUGAAUUGACAAGGCAGUCCUCUACUGGGAGUAUCCAGUCAUCACCCAUGCGUCAGCCAUCAGCAUCGUUCACAUCUCAACCGCCUACUUCUCACGCACAGAACAACUAUUCUCCCAUAUUUCUGCAGUGGGUUGAUUGUGUUUCACAAUUGUUGCGAAUGUAUCCUUUCGCUUUUGAGUUCUCUUCAGCUUUCCUGGUGGAUCUUGUGGACUGUGUUCUAUCCUGUCGCUUUGGAAACUUCUUCUGUAAUAGUGAAAAGGAGAGGCAGCAAUGUGGUGUACCUGAAGCUUGUGGAUGCAUGUGGGCAUAUUUGGCCGAUUUGCGUGCUUCGAAGGGAAGUUCUCAUGUGCACUAUAACUACUUUUAUGAUCCAUUGAAGCACGAUGGUCCAAUAUUGCCUCCAGCAGCAGCUUUAGCACCAACUCUUUGGCCUCAAUUCCAUCUCCGAUGGGCUUGUCCCUCAGAGGCUCAAGCUGGAGAUGUUGAAGCUCAAUUUAGGAAGAUGGAUAUUAAAUUCUCUGAACUACAGAAGGAAAAAGAAGCGGCAGAAAGGAAAGCUAAAGAAAUCACUGCCGUUAUGGAAUUGUUAAGUGCAGAUUUGCAAAAUGAAAAGCAAGCCAGCAGCUCAGCUAUGAUUUUGGCCAAGAGAGCAAGCAAGGAAAGUGAGGCCGUAAAGCGAGCUAUACAAUCACUGGGAUGCAAGGUCCACUUUUCAAGCGGUGGAGAUUGCACCGUUGAUGUUGAAAGCAGCCAAAUUGAACCUCCACUGAAGUCAUCUUUUUCCUCAAGAAGAGAAGCAGAUGGCGCUGUACAGCAUGAUGAUAAAUCAGACCUCUCUGUUUCAAUUACAGUUAUGGCAGAUGAUGUGGUUUCCAGCAACCCAAUUGAUCGAGUAUGCGAAACUCUAUGCCCUUUACGCAUGCGAGAUGGAGGCUGCAGGUGGCCAGAUGCUGGCUGUGCUCAGUUGGCUAGCCAAUUUGUCGGACUGAAGGCCAACUACGAGGCAUUUGAUAAACUUUCUAUUUAUGAUAGCUAUUUCCAGCCUAAAUGAGCAGUACUUAGAUUUUGAGCUGCUGGAGGUUUGAGCACCAACUUCACUCCUCCAAGGUUCUUCCUAUUGAAAUUUUCAGGUAGAGUUCCAAGUCUCUUUAGAACAUCCCAAGAUUUUUUAUAGAAUACUAUCAAAUGAACAUGAGAGCAACGCAGAUGGAGGGACCCAAAAAUUGAAGGAUGGGUCUCAAGAUCUUUUGUACAGAGGAUGUAGAGUUAGUUGAAGACCAUUUUUAGUAUAGGCAGGUCUGUGGAGUGGUGAAAGGAAAACCAAAAUGAUACAAGCAAGAUCUGUUGUAUAUAUGGUCGUCUACUUCUCAUACUCUUUUUGUCAGGUGCUCGUAUGGAAACCAUAAAGGCUAAAAUUUAUCUCCUAAAUUAGGUUAGCCUGCGUACAGAUUUUAGGCAAUUUGAGUUGUGUAAUUCUUUUUGCUUAUUUUUGUCGGCAUCGAUCGAUGUAUACCCGGAUUGAUUCGGAUGCAAUAAAAUUUUGCUUUUCUUUUAGUGGAAA